AUGAAGUUUAGCACACUUAAGCUGGCCACCUGUUACCUUUAUAAGGUUGCCGUUGAGGCAAAGGCCUCUCCAAAAGAGGAAUUUCCUGGGGAUAGUGAUAGCGGCUACAAGAAUGAAUAUCUAGUUACCAGAACGACUGCCAAGGAUACUUUUACUCCUGAGAUGACUAGAAAUAUGAUACUUGAGAACGGUCUGGCCAUUGUACGUGAAACAACAACCUUUGUCAAUCCUCACGAAGUUAAGUUUGUUCCGGGGUCUGUUCUUGAAAGUCUGGAUAAGGUAGCAUUUGCAUCGGACAGAUUUGGGACACCGAACAAAUUCCUUACAAAGCCUGACUUCUCCUACAUGGAGGGAUACAAUAAGAUGUCAAAGCAGAAGAACGAUGCCAAGGCAAAUGAGCCCAGUAGUGCCAGUAGUGUCGAUAACACCAAGAAUGCUGGAAAGGGAGAAAAGACAACAACCACUUCUGAUGAUGAAAAGGCAGGUGCUGAGGGCAAGACAGAAGAUGGUGUAGAGGGCCAAGAGCAGCCGCAAGAUAAUACGACUGAGGAUGUAGGAGAGGCAAAGACAACCGAUAAAUCUGGGUUCUUUCCUAGUGGCUCCUUCGUAAGACCUUCUUCUGGAAAGUAUUCAUCCUUGGCUUAA